GCGUGGAGGCGGUCCGGGGCUGCCUCGGUUUUCUGUAAUCGCUUUUCUGCUGCUGCUACCUCCAGUUAAAUAGCUGGGACACGGGAGCGAGCAGACGGCCGUGUGAGGAUAUACUUUUUUCGGUACCUUUGGGGAUUACGACGCGGAACUGCAGCAUCGACGGCAAGCCGCCAGGGCCCACGAUGUCCAACGAAGUGCAGAGACCGGACGACAGCCCCAGCACCAGCGGGGGAAGCUCGGACAUUGAACAAAGGGAAUCGGUACCACCUGAACAGGAGCGAGAGCAAGCACAGCCCAAAAAGAAGGAGACCAAGAUCUCGAGUAAAACCGCUGCUAAACUUUCAACUAGUGCCAAGAGGAUUCACAAAGAGCUGGCAGAAAUAACACUAGACCCGCCUCCAAACUGCAGCGCUGGCCCCAAAGGAGACAACAUCUACGAGUGGAGGUCGACCAUCCUGGGACCCCCGGGCUCCGUGUAUGAGGGAGGCGUCUUCUUCUUGGACAUCGCCUUCACGCCAGACUACCCAUUCAAACCCCCCAAGGUGACGUUUCGUACGAGGAUCUAUCACUGCAACAUCAACAGUCAGGGGGUGAUCUGUCUGGACAUCCUGAAGGACAACUGGAGCCCUGCCCUCACCAUCUCCAAGGUCCUACUGUCCAUCUGCUCCCUGCUCACUGACUGCAACCCAGCCGACCCUCUGGUGGGAAGCAUCGCCACACAGUACCUGACCAACAGAACAGAGCAUGACAGAAUAGCCAAACAAUGGACGAAGAGAUACGCCACAUAGACUCCCCGCCGCGACCCAGCCCCUCCUUUACCUCCCUCGCCCUUCACUGUACCUCUCUCUACCUCUCGCUCUCACCCAUAGUCUGUCAAAGCACACUCACUAAGUGCAACGGUAUACCUGCCCUCUUAUCACCAUCCUCCUCUUCCUCCUCUUCCUCCUCCUCCUCCUCCCCAACAUUUUAUCUACCUUUUCUGUGUAAAAAUAACAAAAAAAAUCAAACAAGACAAAAAAAAAGUCCUUUUGUUCCUUGUUGACUUGAAAGCUUCUUUUUUAUACAAAGAGUAGAUUGGGAUUUUUAUUUUCCAAUAUCUGAAUGUUGGAAGUAUUGUAUUGGAGAAAAAAAACACAGAAUAUUAUAAUUAUCAUACGCAUUGUCCUCCAGCUAUACAGUAUGUAUUCUCAUUUUCUUAGUGGCACCUGGAACAAAACAUGCAGAAUAUAUGCUUUUUACUUUGUUUUCCUUGUUGUUGUUUUUCUUUUUUGUAUUUGUCAUCAAUAUGUUAUCUGCAUGGAACAGGAAGGUUUGCGUCAAUGGAUCCUUCAUGCUUUUUAACUUCCUCUGAUUUUGUUUGUACUGUAUGUAUUUUUUCAAAGGCUUUUGAGGCAGACCACAAAAGUAUAGGUCUGCCUGUGAAAGAGGCAGGACUUGUAUAUUUACUGGCUACCCGCCACCUCUGCAAUUGCAGAGUGGUUUGUUGUGCACUUGUAUUACUGAAGCACCCAAUAAAACACACUGUGGUUGGCUUGUGAGAAAAAAAAAACAAAAAAAACGCUCGGCUCUGCCUGGGAUUUGUGUUUGACAGCAGAUAUUUACACCUGUUCACUGAACCCCCUCCAACUCUCAGCUCAGGCCUGCUUUUAUUUCUCACACACACACCUGAUUAUAAAGGUUUACAGUCUGAAAACAUCAGCUCAAAUAAAAUAAAGUUCUUGUCAGAUAUCUGCUUCACCCUGGGUGUGGCUCAUUAUGACUCGAAUGAAGGAGGUGUGAGGUUUGUUUCCUCCGUCUGCAGGAUGGCUCGGGCCUUUGGGUGACUGGAUGUUGGCAGUGGUCCAGAUGUCUUUUGUUAAUGAGCUUGAUCUUCUGAGGGCAUGUUUCCAGAACAAAGAAGUCAAAUUAGAGAGUGGGAAUUAACAAACUGAAGUACUCUUCUUACUGUAUUUAAAUGGCUUUUUGAUGUGCGUUCAAGUACAUUUAAAUCAGUAAUCAUUCUUUUUUAUAGAUUUGGUGAUGUUGAGCUGUUGGCCGAUCUGCCACUGAAAUAUCUCAACAACUAUCGGAUGGAUUUGUAUAAAAUUUGGUUCAGAUAUUCAUUGUUAACAGAUGAUUAACUGAUGAUGUUUGACGUUUCCUCUAGCGCCACCAUGAGGUUGACAUCUGUGGUUUUAUAUUGGAAAGUAAAGACAUUCAUGCUCCUCACAGUAAAUUAUAAUACUAUACAAAAUUUGUGAAUAAUAAUGUCAAAAUAUCAAUUUGUACAUUGUCUUAGUUUAUGACAAACACUAAUGACAUUCCCUCAGUGUGUUCAGUGCAAAUUAACAAAUGUUCUGACUGUAAAAAUAUCCCUGGUGCUGGAUUUGUGAUAGAAAUAGACUUUUUCUACAUCAUGAAACCCCUGAAGCUGCAGUGGUGUUUAACACACAGGGAGAAAGCUAAAGGAAUCAAUCCACCUCUGCUUGUAUGCUGGAUCAUGCAUUAGAAGGACCCUGCUGCCUCUCAUAGGUGCAAAUACCCUGCUUUGUAAAGUAGUCUGUCAAAUGCUGAGGCACACACACACAAUGUCCGUCUGAAGAAGAGUUUCACACUCUUCACCUUUUGAAUGCAAUAGCACUUUCUUGUGUCUAAAAACAUGUCACCGUCUGCUGCCAGCGACUGCUUGGACAAAAAUAUAAUUUAACUGGCUACCUGGCGACGAGUUUACAGCAUUGAUCAGUUUGUGCCUUAGCCGUUGUGGGACUUAAUCUAAAUCAUUCAGAGGGAUGUCUCUUAAAGCGACUGGUUGUCUGACUUCUGUAACAUUAAAUCGUCUGAGCUCAACCAGUUCCUGACAACCUGAAACAAAUACCGUCAGAAUAUCCUCGAGAGGAUCAGUAAAUGGCGACUGCAGGGUGGCACAGCGCAAAACUACAUGCAGUCAUUCAUCUUUUCCAGUAAAAGGAAAUCCUGCUAAUGGGAAUAAAAACAGGAAAUUGAUCUGAAAGUGUUUAAUGAAAUACUGGCUGAAACAAAGCUAAACCUGCAAUCACUGAUCUCCGCUCAUGGACACAUACACACAGAUAGAGGAACAUACUCAUUAACACUACAUGCAUGCAGGCACACGGACCCAUAAAAUUAAGCCCAUAAAACAUAUUUCCAAGAACAUGCACACAUACACACGCGCAAAACCUGUAUAAUGAUUGUAAUGCGAUGUUAAUAUUGUCAUGUUUGUUAUUAUGUAUGAGAAUAUCCCUAUUUAUCAUACUACAGUAAUACUCUUGAUAUUAAUGAUACGUUAUGAGCUUUUUAAGUAGUAUCAGCAACACAUCUGUAUCCUGUAACCUGUUUUAAUGUUGUUUUUUUUCACUGUCCCUGACAAAUGAAUAAAUGA